UCCUGUGUCUGCAGUCACAAGACGACAGGUAACAGCAGCCUGGCCCUCGCUGGCCUUCCCACCAGGAGCCGGGUGAUGGGAGCCCGGCUCCUUCACAGCUGUUUUGACUUAGUUACUUUAAAGGGGAGGGGGGAUGCGAAUUGGCAGUUCUCCCUGUUACCGCUGUGGUUCCUGCUCAGCUGGUCUGAACUUUCACAGUCUCCUGUCUAUAUUGAAACUUCAUGCACUUGCCUAGCAGGAAAAUUGGAAGGAAAACUCUCAGAUUGAAGCCAGACACACGAAGAUCCUAGAGACCGCUGUACUGCCUUUGUCCUCUUGGACAAGACACAGCGUGGGGCCCCAAAGCCCUGUGUUGGCCACGGGACACUUUCAAUAUAAAAUUCAGGACAAUGAGUCUUGCAAGUGAUAGAGGGACAUCAGAGAGCAUUUUUGACCUGGACUACGCUUCAUGGCAGAUUCGCUCGACGCUGGUGGUCGCUGGUUUUGUCUUCUACCUGGGCGUCUUUGUGGUCUGCCACCAGCUGUCGUCCUCCCUGAACGCCACGUACCGUUCUCUGGUGGCCAAAGAGAAGGUCUUCUGGAACCUGGCAGCCACCCGUGCCGUCUUUGGUGUGCAGAGCACCGCAGCGGGCCUGUGGGCGCUGCUGGUAGACCCCGUCCUACACGCUGACAGGGCGUGUGGCCAGCAGAACUGGUGCUGGUUUCACAUCGCUACGGCAACGGGCUUCUUCCUGUUGGAGAACGUAGCGGUUCACCUGUCCAACUUCAUCUUCUGGACGUGGGACUGGUUUUUAGUUCUGCACCAUCUGUUUGCCUUCCUGGGGUUUCUAGGCUCCGUGGUCAACGUCAAAGCUGGCCACUAUCUCGCCAUGACCACGUUGCUCCUGGAGGUGAGCACGCCGUUCACCUGUGUCUCCUGGAUGCUCCUGAAGGCCGGCUGGUCGGACUCUCUGCUCUGGAAGGUGAACCAGUGGCUGAUGGUGCACAUGUUCCACUGCCGCAUGGUCCUCACCUACCACAUGUGGUGGGUGUGCUUCCGGCACUGGGCCGCCCUGGCCGGCAGCCUGCACCCGCCCCACCUGGCGCUCUUCCUCUGCGGGCUGGGCCUGCUGACGCUGCUCAUCAACCCGUACUGGACCCACAAGAAGACGCAGCAGCUCCUCAGCCCGGUGGAUUGGAACUUUGCCCCCGCGGAGCCCAAAGGCAGCCAGGCCGACCGCAUCAAUGGCCAGGUGCCGCUGAAGAAGGUGCAGUAGCUAGCUGCUCAGCGGCCCGGCAGCGGCACCCCGAGGGCUCCAGGCCCAGCUCGGUAGCGAGGAGUGAGUGAGGGCCGCGGGUCCCCCCGAGACUCGCUCGCUGGCCUGCAGCACCCGUGUCCAGGUGACCGUCCACGCUUCGUUGUCUCGUGUGGCUUCUUCCUGUGAGCUCACCAUGUCGGGCCCGUUUGUCAUCAGGAAAGGCUUUGUUUGAAUACGGGCAUGCCUCGUUUUAUUGCACUUGGCUUUCUCAUGCUCCAAAUGCCCCUCAGUACAGGCGUUUUUUACGAAUGAGGCAAAAGUCUCUGAGUCGCUGCAUUUCCAUACUGACUUUAUUGGGGGUCUGGAAGCCACCCUGAGAAACCUCCGAGGUAGGCCUGCAAGUGACGUGACUUCAUGUUAGAAACGCCACGUGGUGGGUGUGGUUGAGUAGACAUCCAUUCUUUCUAGUCACACCUUUGACAUUUUCUGUGUCUUAUUCAAAACUUGUAUUCUUUUAAGUUGGAAAGAAUUGCCCUAAGCUAGAAAACAAUACGAUUUGUUAAUUUGUUAAAAUUUCCCAGUGUUAGACCAGGUGUGUUGCGGCGCCACCUAGUGGCACAACAGUGUAGACACGGGAACAAACCGCUUUGGCAUUCCCCCAAGCAAAGUGAAUAUGGGGUAGUUGGGGUUAAAUCUUGUGAGGUUUCCUUCCAAGGAAGCUAUAUUAAAACAAGUAUUUUGCAUUUGUAUUGUAUUGCUCAACGGACAAAAUAAGGUAGGUGAUUAGUAAUCAUAACUGUCUAGCUUUUCAAGCCAUUUCAAAUUGACUAAGUGGCCAACGGGGGCCCAAACGAGCCCUUGAUUCCUUGGUUGGUUUUCACUGUAGAUUUCAAGACAAGCUAGUGAUCAGUUUCCCUCCGAGCUGGCGGGGGGAGGGGACUGCCAGGCCCUAGGCCUUCCUUUCCCUCAGCUGCCUGGUGAGGAGCCCCAGGGGACGUCACUUUCACCUUUGCGCCCAGGUAGAAUUUAUACACCAACCUAGCGAGUUUAGUGACAGACACAUGAACAUUUUAUUCUUGCUGCAAAUGUGCAGUUCGUAGCAAAAUGUCAUUUUUAGCGGAAGCACCUGUGAAGUGUUGUGACAGCCACGUGUUUCUUGAUGAGACUCACGUGGGACUAGGGAUUCUUACUAAUCUGGGACUCAGAAUCGUGUUUUCAUGACUGGUGCUGUGACUGUUGAUUGUGCUUAAGUCAAGGUAUGUAAUCCCUAUUUAUCUCAUUUUAAGAAGUGACUUUAACAGUACCCAGCAAAUCCUGUCCCUGCUGGGACGACUAACUGAAGACGCUGCCUCCCUGUGGCCUGCACCUUCCUGUGGUGGUGGCAGCUGUGCCCCGGGCAGACGUGUAAUAAAGUGACUGAUGUUUACAGAA